ACUGUAAACUUUCGCGGGCAAAUUUGAAGUCUACAGCGCGAGAAAUAUCAAGUAGGAAUACAAUUUGGACUGAAUUUGGAAUAUUUUCUCUUUAAGGACUUUUUUAUUUAUGAAAUAAUAAAAAAGAAGGGAUAGACUGGAAGUUAUCUAAGUAUAUUCUAUUUCAAUCAUUUAGCAUUAGGUUUGGGUGUUUGAGGACAAGAAAUUUAGAGGAAACGUGCGUGAAUGAUAAAGUGCCCGUCAGUUUAAAAGACAUACCAACUCGUACUGAAUUAGGAACUGGAAAAUAUUCUAAGGAAAAAAAGAAGAUGAAUAAAGACUUAAAACUGUGGAGUGGCAUGAGUGAAAUAGAGCGGUUAGCCUUAAAGAACAGAGAAGAACAUCUUGCAUUAUUGCGAUCAUUGAAAAUUGAUCAGGUUAAAGAAGACGUCAUCCGAGUGGUUGAGGAGCUUAAACCUAAAAAGAAACCAAAGCCAGUAAAAAGAGUUUAUAAGAACAUACCUUCUUCUCGACCUUGGAUGAAGAAAAAUAGAAUGUUACAAAAACUAGGUAUUGACUUUUUGUUGAGGAAAAGUAGACGCUUAGAAGAACUGAAUACUGACCUUUCAUUGAGGAAAAGUAGACGCAUAGAAAAACUGAAUGUUAACCUUUCAGAAUGUGUGCGAGAUGCUAAAGCUAUUGCAAAAGCAGAGAAGAAGGCUGAAGAAAACAUUAAAAAGAAGGAUUUCAUCUGGACUUCUAAAGAGAUUUCUACUUAUGAAUGUGAUUUAAGUAGUAAUGCUGAUAACAGAUAUGUUUCUCGUUUUCCAUUCAUGAAAAUAGAUGAAGUCGCUAAAGUUGUUCCUUCUAGGAUAACUGCAAUGGCACUAAACCCUUUACCAGACAGAAUUAUUGUCACUGCUGCAGAUGUAUCUGGAAAUAUGAGCUUUUGGAAAGUU